CUAGGCAUAUAGACUGCUUCUACAAACAUUUGUGAAAGAAUGGGUCGCUCUCAGGAGCUCAGUGAAUUCAAGCGUGGUACCAUGAUAGGUUGCCACCACUGCAAUAAGUCCAUCCCUGAAAUUUCCUUGCUACUAAAUAUUCCAUGGUCAACUGUUAGUGGUAUUAUAACAAAGUGGAAGCAACUGGGAACAACAGCAACUCAGCCACCAAUGGACUCUAGAGCAGUGUAAAUGUGUUUUCUGGCAGACAAAUUAUGCUUCUUUGUCUGGCAAUGCAAUGGAUGUGUCUGGGUUUGGCGGUUGCCAGGAGAAUGGUACUUACCUGACAGCAUUGUGCCAAGUGUAA